GGGCAUCCCUUUCGUUUUUUCUUCCUUGAGGCGCCGCCUUUCUCUAGAGACUCCGGAGUCUCGAGACUCGAGGGCACCAACGGCGUCUUCUCCGAGAGCCAAAGCUCCCGAUUCCUUGACCGACCGACACCCCCUGCCACCCGCACCCGCACCCGCAACCCUCGUCUCGGCCACCCCUGACUCCUCUUCCCUAAGAUUCCGCGAUCCGCUAGGACGCAGGUUUGAAGAGGGAACCCCCCGCCGCCGCCGCCGCCGCAGCCGACGACGUUCGCGGGCACGCGAAGUGGAAUGCAAUGUGUGAGUGAUCAAUGUGCAGUGCAUUAAAUGGCACAGAAGUGACAUCUAGCUAAAAAAUGCAACGUUUUGUAUAUAUCAACGAUGAGUCCUGCCGGGAUUCCUACCGUGACAAUCGGGUUUCCAAUACCAAAUACACCUUGUGGAAUUUUCUCCCUAAGAAUUUAUUGGAACAAUUCAGGCGUUUCAUGAAUCAGUAUUUUCUGCUAAUCGCCUGCCUUCAGUUGUGGCCCACUAUUACUCCUGUAAGUCCUGCAACUACAUGGGGCCCGCUUGCCAUAAUCUUCACUGUUUCUGCUUCAAAAGAGGCUUGGGAUGAUUACAAUAGGUAUCUUUCCGACAAGAAAGUAAAUGAAAGGAGAAUCUGGGUGGUAAAGGAUGGCAUCCGUAGACAGAUCAAAGCAAGGGAGAUACAUGUCGGAAAUAUAGUGUGGCUCCAUGAGAAUGAUGAGAUCCCAUGUGAUCUCGUUCUCAUUGGAACUUCUGAUCCUCAAGGCAUCUGUUAUGUUGAGACCGCAGCUUUAGAUGGUGAAACUGAUUUGAAAACCAGAAUUAUCCCUUCAAUUUGUGCUGACCUGUCAUCGGAGCAAUUGGGGAAAAUCAAGGGUGUAGUUGAGUGCCCCAACCCAGAUAAUGACAUAAGAAGAUUUGAUGCUAACAUGCGCUUGUUCCCUCCUAUCAUUGAUAAUGAGAAAUGUCCUUUAACUAUCAACAAUACACUUCUUCAGUCAUGUUACUUACGGUACACGGAAUGGGCAUGUGGAGUUGCAAUUUACACAGGCAAUGAAACCAAAUCAGGAAUGAGCCGAGGAACUGCGGAGCCCAAGCUUACCGCUGCUGAUUCAAUGAUAGACAAACUCACCGUUGCAAUAUUUGUUUUCCAAAUUGCUGUUGUUCUUUUGCUGGGUCUUGCUGGCAAUAUCUGGAAGGACAGCCAUGGUCGUAAGCUAUGGUAUCUCAUGUAUCCUGCUGAAAGACCAUGGUAUGAUUUCUUGGUUAUCCCGUUGCGCUUUGAACUACUGUGUUCAAUAAUGAUUCCGAUUUCCAUAAAGGUUACUCUUGAUUUGGCUAAAGGUGUAUACGCAAAGUUUAUUGAUUGUGAUGAUCAAAUGUUUGAUCCGGAAACAAAUACACCUGCCCACUCAGCUAACACAGCUAUUAGCGAAGACCUUGGGCAGGUUGAAUAUAUAUUAAGCGACAAAACUGGGACAUUGACAGAGAAUAGAAUGAUUUUCAAAAGAUGUUGCAUAAGUGGUGUUCUAUACGGAGAUAACACUGGAGAUGCUUUAAAAGAUGCCAGACUUCUAAAUGCUGUCUCUAGUAACGAUCCGGAUGUAGUCAAAUUUCUGAUGGUGAUGGCUCUUUGCAACACAGUUGUUCCUAUCAAAAGCAAUGACGACACUAUUUCAUACAAAGCACAAUCACAAGAUGAGGAAGCUUUGGUCAAUGCUGCAUCAAACCUGAAUAUGUUGCUUACAAGUAAAGACAGCAGCGGCAUUGCUGAGAUUUGUUUCAAUGGUUCUAAAUUUUGUUAUGAGGUAUUGGAUGUUUUGGAGUUCACUUCUGAUCGCAAAAGAAUGUCUAUUGUGGUAAAGGAGGUCAAGAGUGGGAAGUUUCUUCUUCUCUCUAAAGGUGCUGAUGAAGCUAUUUUCCCACGUUCUUGUCCAGGACAACAAACAAAGACCUAUCUUGAGGCAGUAGAAAUGUAUUCUCAUUUGGGUCUGCGAACAUUAUGUUUGGGAUGCCGUGACUUAGGAGAAGAUGAAUAUAAAGAAUGGUCCAAAAAAUUUCAAGAUGUUAGCUGCUCACUGGACAACAGGGAGCAUAAAAUUGCCGAAGUCUGUAACAGCUUAGAGCAAGGUAUUCACAUUCUUGGUAUCACCGCCAUAGAGGACCGUCUCCAGGAUGGUGUGCCUGAAACUAUUAAAUUGCUAAGGAAGGCUGGAAUCAAUGUGUGGAUGCUAACUGGUGAUAAGCAAACUACAGCAAUCCAGAUUGGACUUCUCUGUAACCUCAUAACACCUGAGUCCAAAGGUCAAUUGUUGUCCAUCAAUGGAAAAACUGAAGAUGACAUAUUACAGAGCUUAGAGAGGGCAUUGAUAAUUAUGAAGACUGCGUCGGAAAGAAAGGAUCUUGCAUUCGUUUUGGAUGGUUGGGCACUCGAAAUAAUUCUGAAGCGUUCGCUGGAAUCUUUCACUAAGCUGGCCAUGAUGUCAAGAACAGCAAUAUGCUGUCGGAUGACACCUUUGCAGAAAGCACAGCUUGUUGGGAUCCUGAAAUCCUCUGGCUCUUUAACUCUAGCAAUUGGUGAUGGUGGUAAUGAUGUAAGAAUGAUUCAAGAGGCUAACAUUGGAGUAGGGAUUAGUGGUAGGGAGGGACUGCAAGCUGCAAGAGCUGCUGAUUAUAGCAUUGGAAAGUUCAAGUUUCUCAGAAGGUUGAUACUUGUCCAUGGUCGAUAUUCAUACAAUCGCACAGCAUUUAUUUCGCAGUACUCUUUCUACAAGUCACUGUUGAUUUGCUUUAUACAGAUUCUUUUUUCCUUUUCGUCAGGGCUUUCUGGAACUAGUAUCUUCAACUCGAUUAGCCUGAUGGCCUACAAUGUUUUCUACACAAGUCUUCCGGUUAUGACAAUAAUUUUUGACAAGGAUAUCUCUGAAACAACAGUUCUGCGAUAUCCCCAGAUUUUACUUUAUUCUCAAGCUGGGAGGCUCUUGAAUCGCAGUACAUUUGCUGAAUGGUUUGGGCGAUCGCUGUACCAUGCAUUUGUUGUUUUCCUAAUUACCAUCAACGCAUAUGCUGAUGAGAAAAGUGACAUGGAGGAGCUCUCCAUGGUCGCCCUGUCUGGAUGCAUUUGGUUGCAAGCUUUUGUGGUGACGCUGGAUACUAACUCAUUUACUUGUCCACAAAUCACCCUCAUAUGGGGGAACUUUGUAGCCUUCUACAUGAUCAACUUAAUACUCAGUGCGGUACCAACCCUUCAGAUGCACACUGUCAUGUGGCAUCUGUGUAAUCAACCUUCAUACUGGAUCACCAUGGCCCUGAUUGUUGCGGCAGGAAUGGGCCCGGUGCUGGCUCUUAGAUACUUGAGGAACGUGUACCGACCUAGUGCCAUCGAUGUUCUCCAGCAAAUUGAGCAAACCGACGGACAUGCCCAAGCCCCGGGGAAUUUGGAGUCGUCGACUGGGACCUAUCUCGAUUAUUUACUAACUGACUUGCGUAGGAACAAGAGUUCCAUCCAUCAACCUUUGCUUUCGGAUUCUGCAUCUAGCAGAUGAUGAUGUGUUGGGUCAUCAGCGGUUCAGUUCAACCUUGGCAGCUAGCGCCUACCAGCUACUGUAGCAGCGAGGCAAUGACGGCCUUAAGAAAUUGCACCAGCUAACAGUAAUAGGAUUAUGAUCAAAUGUUUGUUCGGGUAGUUUCAGUUCACAGGAGAUGCGGGUUUUUUUAUUGAGUAAGCUAGACAUGUGAUAUCAGAAAAAUAGUUUUACUUAGUCGUAACAGGAGGUUCCUGUUUUCUUA